CUGUAAUUAAAGGGUAGAUUUUUUCCUUUAAAAUGGAUUUAAAAAUUGAAAGACUGAACAUGGACCAUGAGGAUAAAGUUGUUAAGCUUGUCACAUCAACUUACACUAAAUCUGAAGUAUUUCGGUCAGGAACAACAAUGAAUGUGUCAAGUGACCUGUUUACCGAGCUUGAUACUGCAAGAGCCAAGGCAAAACUUAGGCAAGGCUUAUCUUUUGGUAUUUUUCAUGAAAAAAAUGGUCUUGUCGCUGUCACAUUGAAUGUGAUACGACUGAAAUCAAAUAAUAGUUCUUAUCAGGAAACCUCGGGAGUCUAUAAAGAUACACAUUGGACCAACUGUACUGUUCGAAUAGUUGAACAAUUACGUAGCAUUAUGGAGACAAAACUGGAUCCACAAAAAGCAUUUCUUCUCUCCAUGACAUCUGUACAUCCAGACUUUCGUCGAAUUGGAUUAUCCAAGCAACUUACACACAAAUGUGAGGAGCUUGCUAUUGAGGAGGAUUGCGAUUACAUCAUUUCAAUGGUUUCAUCUGGUUACAGAUUACAAGGCUUACUAAAAUUAGGAUACAGCAUUGCUGGGCAGAUUGAUCUUCGUACUUAUUAUGAUGAUGUGGCCGGCACUAAACCAUUUUCUGCAUGUGUGGCACCAGAUUACUAUUUUACUUUAUGCUACAAAGCACUAUAAUUUCUAAUCAACUAAUAAAUCAUAAUGAAAAUUAUGUAGCUUUUUAUGUAGAGUUAUGUACCUCAUUAAUGUUUCUACUUAUGUGCAAUCUUAAAUAUUUCUGUAAUUAAUUUUUUAUUAACUAGGUCUAUGCAGUAUAUGUAUUAGUUAAAAUAGCAUAUGCUUUAUAUUUUAUUUUUACAUUCGAGCUAUACUAAGUACUUCGUAUUCUUCAUUUAAAACAAGUGUUCUAUUCUAAAGGUUUUGGUAGUUUGACACAUGCAAUAUAUACAUUACAUAGUACAAUUAUGUAUAAAUGUUUAUUGUUUAGUUUAAAAUCCACUUAUUAUAUUUAUUUAAUUUUGUCUUGGUAAUUUCUUUAUUAUUUAUUAUUAUUAAUUAACAUAUUUAAUAUCCCAAACAGGUAUUUUUAUUGUAAAGCUAUUGGUAUUUUGACUUAUGUAAUAGGUUAGCAUUAGGAAAUAAACAAAAAAAUAGAGCAAAGACAGCGACAGUGUUUCCUUCAUGCCUCGAAUUGUCUCAAAUAUGUCACGUCAUGAAGGUGUUAGUUGUGACAACUGCUUGAAAAGCAACUUUGAGGGAAAACGAUUUAAAUGCUUGAUUUGUUAUGAUUAUGACUUAUGCGAAAGUUGUCAUGUGUUUGAAAUAAAUACUUCCCGACAUUCCUCUACUCACCCCAUGCAGUGCAUUUUAACAAGGAAUGAAUUUGAAUUAUAUUACGGUGGUGAGAACAUUUCCCCUGAGUCUCCUCCUUCGUUUGUUUGCCCUUUCUGCGCCAAACUUGGAUUUACUGAGGCUUUGCUUCACGAGCAUGUUAAUAAAGAACAUGCUGAUGCACAUUCAGAAGUGGUGUGUCCAAUAUGUGCUGCAUUGCCUUCCGGUGAUCCUAACCUGGUAACAGACGAGUUGGCGACUCAUUUAUCAAUGGAGCACCGAGCACCCAGGGAUGCUGAGGAUCAAGCUGGUGGAAGACAUAUACGACGUAUGUUUUACCCUGGUCGAGGCAUGAGGAGUCGCAACCAUCGUAACAUGCACUUCUCAAGUGGACCAGCGACGUCUGCCAUACCUACACCAGCAGUCGCCAAUAAUAACGUUGCAUCUUCGGUUAUAUCAGCGGGCAGAGACUCAAUGGACCCGAUUGCUGAACUUUUAUCUCAACUGAGCGGAGUACGCAGGAGUGCUCAACAAUUACAACAAACAGUAACAACAUCGUCCCAACUACAAGAACUACAAUCUCAGCUUCAAAUGGAGCGACAAAGAGCAGCAGAACUAAGACAGCAGCUUGAGAGGUUUCCAAGCAAGUCAAACCCGAGCACCAACCAUGGAGUUCAUGUCCAGCCCUCUGGUGGUGGGAAUAACUCGUCGAAAUCUGCCACAAAGCGGCCAAACUGUAACGUUCACUCUGAUGAUGAUGAUGAUAGUAGAUAUCUAUUGUCAAAUUUGGACGAACUGAACUUGUCGAGCAAAGAAAAAGAGCAGCAGAGUAACGAAGAUGGCCAACGUAGCUUGUUUGUGCAAGAACUUUUGCUUUCAAUUUUCUCCGAGGGUGCGGACAGUCACCUUGAACAAGAUGGCUCCCCACCGCUCCAUAUGCAACGAGCCAUGCCUACCGAGUGCCCUCUGCUUGCUUCCACACCAAACAAUACCACUUCAAGUGGUCGACCUUUAGAAUCAUCUUCCGAAAUCUCGGAGGACAGGGGGCCGUGGGUGAAAGAUGGGAAUAAAUCUUCUUCAAAUAACAAAGAAGACACCGGCGUAGGACACUCAAUGUCGUCAGGAAACGCGCAGUCUCCGCUUGCCCCAUCACUCAGUGAGGCAUGCGAGAGUCCUCAGUUUGCGGAUGUACAACCAACAGGAUCAAGAUCGGCUCCUGUUCUCACUCCUGAUUCAAGCGAUCGCUUGUCCUCUGAUCCUGAGCGAUGGAUUUACAGAGAAGAUGACGAUUCUAAGGACAGUGAUGAAGAUAAACCGCCGUCACCCACCCCAAUGCUCAACAUGCGCAUACCAGGCCGAAUGUUCGGGGCUGGGGCACGACCUGUUCGCGUGGCUGGUGGCGUUGGUGGUGCCGCUGUUAAUGAUUUUAAUCGGGAUGAAGUGUCUUCUAGUACGUUAACCAAACAUAUUCGUUAACACCAAAAUUGCGCUUCUUGCAAGCAAAUACGUUGACUGCGUAAUAAAGUGCCGAGUUGCUUUGCUUCGGUCUUAUUUAUUACUUCCUGUGGUGGAAACGAGACACAAAAUGCAUGGUGUGUUGCUUUGUCUUAGCCGCGUUUGUAUCUAUCUAUAUACACGGUCUUUUAUUUAAGCGCGACUCUGUGAGUUUUCUUGUAUUUAGGAAAAAGUUCUUUCUCCAGGAGUUGGAGUCGUAAUUAUAGAAAUAGAUGCCAGUUGUCGCAUGGUGACUAACACUCCUCACAUAAUAUAUGAAUACUGGCAUCAAUUAUCAUUUGUCACUUUGAUUGAUUUUUAGAACCACUCGGUUGCUCAGUGGAGCAAUGACUGAGUUAACGUAUAUGUAAAGUUAAAUAUUGUGCUUUUGUGCGUUUAGCUCAUACUGUUAUUUAAAUUUUCAUUAAAAGUCCUUUUUAUCCACAAACUAUUGAAACAUUAAGUUUAAACUCUGGAUAUCAUCUACGUUUCGCAUAGAUUUGUCAAAAUGUUGUUUAAUUAAAGUUUGCAUUAUUAAACGAAAUACGUGGAGUUGUCA